CAACCAAACACAAAGCAGGCCAACGUUUAUACAAAAAAAAAAAAAUAGCUCACGCGCAGAAGAACAAGGAAGGAAAACAUGGCGACUACGCGAUAGUGAGAGAAGCACGCCAUGCCUGAGAUUCGUGGGCUGUAAUUAAACAUUUACUAAUAAUAAUAAUAAUAAUAAUUGUUCUCGAUUAUUAUUAUUGUUAUCUCAUAAAAAAUUAGGGAAAAAAAAAGUGGUGGAGGAGGUGUUUGAUGGGUGGUAGCCAUAGCACGAACUCUAACCAUCCUUCUUAUGGGAAUGCCAAUCAUCUGAUUGACAGCGCACGUCACUCUGUUAGCAGCACUCGUUCCUCAUCUGUCAGCGAUUUGCGGGCUCAGCUUACAACCAUUUACAGAAAUCGCGAGGAGGAGGAGGAGGAAGACGAAGAAGAGGAGGAGGAAGACGAAGGAGCAGAAGCCAAGAGGGUCGCCAUUGUUGCAGCUCUUGAUCUCUCUGCUUUGAAGGGCAUUAGGGUUCCCAGAAGGAAUUUCCUUCCCAUGGAUCAUCAUAAGAAGGUUGCGUUAGAGACAGAGUUCUUCACGGAAUAUGGCGAGGCCAGCCGAUACCAAAUCCAAGAGGUUAUCGGGAAAGGGAGUUAUGGGGUUGUGGCUUCGGCAAUAGACAUGCAUACGGGCGAAAGGGUUGCUAUAAAGAAAAUCAACGACGUGUUUGAGCAUGUCUCUGAUGCAACACGUAUUCUGAGAGAGAUAAAGCUCCUGAGGUUACUACGGCAUCCUGAUAUAGUGGAGAUAAAGCACAUUAUGCUCCCUCCUUCACGUCGGGAAUUCAGAGACAUUUACGUCGUCUUUGAGUUGAUGGAGUCUGAUCUUCACCAAGUUAUCAAGGCAAACGAUGAUCUGACCCCUGAGCAUUAUCAGUUUUUCCUCUACCAGCUUCUUCGCGGUCUAAAAUACAUACACACUGCAAACGUGUUUCAUCGUGAUCUGAAGCCGAAAAACAUUCUGGCUAAUGCUGAUUGCAAAUUGAAGAUCUGUGAUUUUGGGCUUGCUCGAGUGUCCUUCAAUGAUGCACCUUCUGCUAUAUUCUGGACUGACUAUGUCGCUACAAGAUGGUAUCGUGCUCCAGAGCUCUGCGGUUCAUUCUUCUCCAAAUAUACUCCUGCCAUUGAUAUAUGGAGCAUAGGAUGCAUAUUUGCGGAAAUGCUCACGGGGAAACCGCUGUUUCCUGGGAAAAACGUGGUGCACCAAUUGGAUCUUAUGACUGAUUCGCUCGGUACUCCUUCACAUGAGGCUAUUUCAAGGAUUCGUAAUGAAAAAGCUAGAAGAUAUCUCGGAAACAUGAGGAGGAAACCACCGAUUCCUUUCUCUCAAAAAUUCCCAAAUGUAAAUCCUUUGGCCCUUCGCUUGCUGGAGCGUCUGCUUGCAUUUGACCCCAAAGAUCGUCCCACAGCCGAAGAAGCACUGUCAGAUCCCUAUUUCUAUGGUCUGGCAAAUGUGGAACGGGAGCCAUCAACUCAACCGAUCCCGAAACUCGAGUUUGAGUUCGAGAGAAGGAAACUCACGAAAGAAGACGUUAGAGAGUUGAUCUACAGAGAGAUCUUAGAGUAUCAUCCUCAGAUGCUGCAAGAGUAUCUUCGAGGUGGAGAACAGACCAGCUUCAUGUAUCCAAGUGGUGUUGAUCGGUUUAAGAGACAAUUUGCACAUCUCGAAGAACAUUACGGAAAGGGCGAAAGAAGCUCUCCCCUCCAACGCCAACAUGCUUCAUUGCCAAGAGAGCGGGUUAUUGCUCCUAAGGAAGAGAAUACAAUGGCAAACAUAGAAUUUGAGAGGAGAACUUCUGAAUCAGUGGCAACGACCCUCAAGAGCCCGAAGAAGUCGGAACAAGAGGAGAGGUUCAACAACUCAGGAGGAGGCUACAAUGCACGUAGCUUACUGAAGAGCGCUAGCAUCAGCGCCUCCAAAUGCAUCGGCCUUAAACCAAGAAACAUUUCCGAGAAUGGGGAAUCAAACAAUGAGGCGGUUGAUGCGUUGGCUAAGAAGGUUACGACCCUCCACGCUUAAUCAUAUCUGUCAUCUGGGAACAAACUUUGAAGCUGAAACUGUCUUAUGAGAAGAAAUGUUAAAGAAAGAUGAUCAAUCUACAAUAGAAGCAUAUUGAUUUGAUUCCCCUCUUUUGUUUGUUUGUUGCAGAGAAAUGUUUUGGUUCUCAUCAGAUGUUUUAUUUAUUUGUAGGAAAACAGACACGACUUAUGAAAGAACAUAUGACAUCUUUCUCAUGAUCUGUUUCUUCACUA